AUGAAGUGGGUUCUCGUACUGUGUGCCCUGGUGGCCCUUUCCGAGUGCAUUCUCAGGGUCCCCCUGAUCAAGGGCAAGACUGCCCGGCAAGCCCUGCGGGAGAGGGGUCUUUGGGAGGAGUACAGGAAGAGGCACCCCUACAACCCUAUGGUCAAAUUUGACCCCCGUUUUGCUGUUGGCAACGAGCCUAUGACUAACGAUGCUGAUCUGUCCUACUAUGGCGUCAUCUCCAUUGGGACUCCGCCCCAGUCCUUUAGGGUCAUCUUUGACACUGGCUCAUCCAACCUGUGGGUGCCCUCCAACUUGUGCAGCAGUGAGGCAUGCCAAAACCACAACCAAUUCAUCCCCGCGGAUUCCACCACCUUCGUAUCCACCAAUCAGUCCCUCUCUACCCAGUAUGGCACCGGCAGCAUGACUGGGGUUCUGGGAUACGACACUGUCCAGGUGGGUGGCAUCCAAGUCACCAACCAGAUCUUUGGUCUGAGCGAGACCGAGGCCCCCUUCAUGGCCUACAUGGAGGCCGACGGCAUCCUGGGGCUGGCCUACCCCUCCAUCUCCGCUGACGGGGCCACGCCCGUCUUUGACAACAUGAUGAGCGAGGGGCUGGUGUCCCAGAGCCUGUUCUCCGUCCACCUGAGCAGCAACUCUGAGGCGGGCAGCGUGGUGACCUUCGGCGGGAUUGACCAUUCUUAUUACACUGGAAGCAUCCAGUGGAUCCCCCUGUCCUCUGAGACCUACUGGCAGAUCAGCAUGGACAGCGUCACCAUCAAUGGAAACGUAGUCGCUUGCGCGGGCGGCUGCCAGGCCAUCAUAGACACUGGCACCUCCCUCCUUGUUGGACCCGGCAGUGACAUCAGCAACAUGAACGCCUGGGUGGGAGCCUACACCGACCAGUAUGGCGAUGUCAUUGUGAGCUGUAGCAACAUCAACCGUAUGCCUGACAUCAGUUUCAACAUCAACGGGUACUCCUUCACCGUCCCUGCCUCCGCCUACGUGUCACAGGAUGGGUCUAGCUGCACCACUGGUUUUGGGGGUGAUGGCAAUUACCAGCUCUGGAUCCUAGGGGAUGUCUUCAUCAGACAUUUCUACACGAUUUUUGACAGGGGCAACAACAUGAUUGGUCUUGCACAGUCUGUUUAA